CACUUCCUUUUAGAGAGCUGAAUCUGAUGAAGGAGAAGAAGCUCAGUCUGGUAAAUCUUCUUCAGAGCUUUUUCCCAGAAACACAAGAUUUAAAACCAAGACAUUACAAGAGCUACAAGAUCAUGUUCAUUUUUGAUGGUCUGGAUGAGUGUCGACUGCCUCUGGAUUUCCAGAACAAUGAGAACUUGGUGAAUAUAGAAGAGCAAACCUCAGUGGAUGUUCUGCUGACGAACCUCAUCAAGGGGAAUCUGCUUCCCUCUGCUCUCCUCUGGAUCACCUCUCGACCAGCAGCGGUCAAUCAGAUCCCUCCUGAGUGUGUUGAUCAGGUAACAGAAGUGCGGGGUUUCAGUGACCCUCAGAAACAGGAGUACUUCAGUAAGAGGAUCAGAGAUCAGGACCUGGCUAACAAAGUCUUCACACACAUCAGGUCUUCAAGAAGCCUCUACAUCAUGUGCCACAUACCGGUCUUCUGCUGGAUUACAGCCACUGUUCUAGAGAGAAUGCUGAGUGAAGCUGAGAGUGGAGAAAUUCCCAGAACCCUGACGCAGAUGUUCACACACUUCCUGAUCUUUCAGAUCAAACACAAGAGCCAGAAGUACAGUGGGAAUAGUGACACUGAUCCUCAGCAGACUAGAACAAGUAUCCUGGCUCUGGGGAAACUGGCAUUCCAGCAGCUGGAGAAAGGAAACCUGAUCUUCUAUGAGGAAGAUCUAAGAGAGAGUGGCAUCAAUAUUAGAGAAGUGUCAGUGUACUCAGGAGUGUGUACCCAGAUCUUCAGGGAGGAACAUGAGCUGCACCUCGGGAAGGUGUUCAGCUUUGUGCAUCUGAGCGUUCAGGAGUUUCUUGCUGCUUUAUAUGCAUUUCUCUGCUUCAUUGACAGAAGCGUUCUGAAUCAGCAAACCACUAAAAACCAAAACACUGAACUAUCUGAACUCUUCAGCAGGUCAUCGAUGACUGACUUCCUCAGCAGUGCCAUAGACAGAGCCUUACAGAGUGAGAGUGGACACCUUGACCUGUUCCUUCGUUUCCUCCUAGGUCUCUCACUGCAGUCUAAUCAGAAUCUGUUACGAGUCGUACUGACACAGACAGAGAGGAUCUCUCACAGCAAUGAGGAAACCAUCAAAUACAUCAAGGAGAAGAUUGAGGAGAACUCAUCUCCAGAGAAAUCCAUCAAUCUGUUCCACUGUCUAAAUGAACUGAAUGAUCAUUCUCUGGUGCAGGAAGUGCAGAAAUACCUGAGUGGAGGUGGUGACCGUCGUCUUCAACAGGCCAGCCUCUCUCCUGCUCAGUGGUCAGCUCUGGCGUUUGUGUUGGUGAACUCAGAAGAAGAGCUGGAGGAGUUUAACCUCAGUAAAUAUGAUCCAUCAGAGGAGUGUCUUCUGAGGCUGCUGCCAGUAGUUAAAAUAUCCAGAAGAGUUGUACUAGCUUCAUGUAAUCUUGGAGUAAAGACGUGUGAAAAUCUGGAAUCAGUUUUAAACCUGGAAAACUCCCCCCUGAAAGAGCUGGACCUCAGUAACAACGACCUGCAGGAUUCAGGAGUGGAGCUGCUCUCUGCUGGACUGAAGAGUUCACAAUGUAAACUGCAGAUUCUCAGGUCAGUGUUUCUGUGAUUUUUCAUUUGAAAUUAUUAGGGCUGUCAGCUUUAAAUCAUUAACAUACUUUGUUAAGUUGGAAUCAGUAACGCAUUACUAUUUUUUUAACCCAAGUUUUAUUUCGGCACCAAGUUUGACCCCAACUUCUGCCGUAAUCUGCUCCGCCUCCACCCAACAUGCAGAUUUCUUUUCUGGUUAAACGACUGAAACACUUUAAUGCGGUGUCCAGCUGUAACAAUCCGGUUCAGAUUUCCAGCUCAGAGCU